GCGAAAGUAUGUAAGCUGAAGUAUCACACGAACAAUGACCAAUCGAGGAAAACAAACCCCGCAGACGAUUCAGCUGUCUACAGACAUACGACACCUCAAUAGUUGAUCUCUUAACAACACUAUGGGAGAGAAUAGGCCUAAUAUACUCCAACCACCUUUCAAUGUCUGCCUCAAUGGAAGUUCAUUCCUAGGUAUAUUGACCAUCGGAUCAGCGCAGUGCAUGCUGGAUCAUGGGCAGAUCAUCGUUGGUAACACCCAGUGCUAUGCAGGAAGCUCCUCAUGUUCGUUAGUUGCGGCUGUCAUGGCAACAGCCCCAGAGAAUCUACCGAGUUUACUCAACAGUUUAUGCAGUCUUGCAGACGAAGUAGCACCUCUCUCACAUGGCGCCUUAUCCGAUGGAUUUGAUCUCAUUCAAAAAGUCCGGUCUAUUUUGGAAAAUGUUUUACCACCAAACGCACAUAUCCUAGCGACAGGGAAACUACGCGUUAAAGCUACACGGUUGCAACUGGUAGAUAAGUUCACGCCAUUAACGGUCCAUGAUGUUGAUCAGGGAACAAGUUCUAGCAUAUUCUCCAAAGGUCCAAAGGUUUUUGAAAUAGGUGAUCGCUGUUGGCAAGUACUUGGAAAAGAAGAGUUUGCUUCCUUCAGCAGCAGAGAAGAAAUGAUCGAGGUGUUGCUUGGGUGUAUAUAUGUUCCCUGGUUCCCGUCUUGGAAGCCUCCGUCAUUUAAUAACAAGUUUCUGGGUGAUGUAUCACUAAUGCAUACACAAAAUCUACCGGAAGAUGAGGUAUAUUCAUUUCAAGCAGGCACUCUUAUUAAAAUUUCCCCGGAUCCAAAAUGUUAUGCGAGGACACGUGACAAGAUCGUGUGUGGUUGGGUGGAUACCAGUGGUCAAAGAUUUGAUGUCAGCGCCUUGCAAAUGUUUCGUAUCGGUGAUGGACUUUUCCCGCCGCCAACAUCAUUCUUAAAGACCCUCUACGCCAGUGGAUAUGAAAAUGCAACAAGGUUUCUUAUGUUUUACCAUGCGUACAAAGAAAAUGAUCUUGGCCUAAAGCCGCAGUGUACUACGUAUCCAUAUGCCCACACGGUGGAGGACCUUAUGUGAAAUAUUCUUACGACGUCAUAAAAUGGAUCAUGAAAUGAAACAAAAUACUUUAAGCCUGGUACCCACUGCGCCCGACGGUCGUCGGCAGACGCGAAGCUAUGGAGAACGCACCCCGACGCGUGUGCAACGGAUCGUUUUUAAUGACGAUCCGUUCAGACAGCCAUCGACAAUCAUCAGAAGGCGUUGUGUCGUCUAGCGCUCACGAGAAGAGGAGUUGGAUUAGUCAAUCGACCGUCGUACGCGCAGUGCGUGCCCGGCUUAAGCUAUGAUGUUUUAAGAAUCAUGAUGUACCAUCUAAAAAUAGAUCCCUAUUUUAAGUUCAGGUGCGAUAGCAGUUAGCACACUGGCUUCCUUUACACAACCAAUAAAUUAAGUAAACUCAGCAUAGGCCUAUUUACGGGAAAGAUGAUGUGAGCAUGAACUUGGGCUGAUAUCGUUACUACUAUUUCAUAAAACUAAAUAGGCCUAUUGGCCUAAAAUAUCGUGAUUAGUAAUUGUACAGUAAUUGUUAUCCAGAACAUCAGUCCAUUAUUGAAUUUACUAAUAUUUGUAUAAAUAAAUUUGAAAAAUAGUCAUUUCAAGUACA